AAUUAAAUCAUAAUUCUGAAUCAACCCACAUGGUAAGAUCGGAUCGAAGGCUAACCCGACCCAUGGACAUCCCUUCCGUGCUGCCGGCGCGCGCAUGCCGCUGACGUCGUAGCAUAGAUACUCGUGGAGAAGCAGAAGUCUGCACUCUGCAAGACUUUACCUUUUUCUUCAACUUCAAGCCCGACGAGCCAGAAUCGUAGUUCGAAAUAUUCUGAAACUCGUCGACGCAAGCAACGAAGCGCAUCACUGGCACUAACCCUUUUCCUCCCAAGCUCAUGUUCUCCAAUUCGUGAAUGCUAAAUCAGUGUUAAUCAUGUAUUUGGACCUCGUUCUGUGGUUAAUCUGUUUCUUCAUCAACAUUGCUCUUCUCGCUUUGAACUUUUACCAGAUUUUGAACCUAUCUGAUUUGGAGGACGACUACAUAAAUCCUUAUGAUUCAUCAUCUCACAUUAAUGCUGUGGUAGUCCCCGAAUUUGUAGUGCAUGGAGUACUUUGCGCCAUUUUCCUCCUGACUUGGCAUUGGCUCAUGUUUCUUAUGACACUUCCCAUUACGUACUAUAAUAUUAUGCUGUUUAUGAAACGACAACAUCUUAUUGAUGUCACUGAGAUCUUUAGAUUUCUUAAAGAGGAGAAAAAGAAAAGGAUUGUCAAGCUUGUCUUUUACAUAUUUCUUUUCAUCAUUGUCAUUAUCAGGCUUGUAUUAUCCGUUUUCAACUCUUUAGUAUUCGAGGAUGAAGCUUUGCACGAUUUUGGGAUAACCGUUUGAACAGUAUGAUUGCCAAUGCAAGUUUGGGAGUGGGUAGAACUUGCAAGCUGAGCUGAAACAAAUUGAUUUGUUCACGUUCUGGGUAAUCACUCCACUUGGUUAUUGUGAUUUCUGAGCAUUCCCGUUUCAGAUUUGGGCAUGCUUGUAAACUGUAACUUCUCUCAACUUUUCAAUACUUGAUGUUUCUCAACUCCAACUGGUUGUGGGAGCAUUCCCUAUUUUUGUACAUGAUUUAAUAGGUGAUAGCUUUUUAGUUGCAGAUUCAUCUCUGUUGCAUGUAGAAAUUCUCCUCUCUUCUCCAUGUUAGAUUACAUUCGGUUCUCAAUAACUUUUCAAGCCUCCCAAGUUUCUCAACUCCCAAGUGUCUGUAGGGGCAUUCCCCAUUCUUGUACAUUAUUUGAUAGGCGAUGACUUUUAGUUGCGGAUUUGUCUUGCAGCAAUAUAUCUACCCUUCCUACC